CCCAAUUUCUCAAGCCUUUGUUAUUUAUUUUUCUCUUCUGUGGGUGUUUUUGGGGUUCCCUCCAAUUUCACCUCUUGUUUUUGAGAUUCAAAGCCUUCAACACAAUUUUUCUUUCCCUUUCACCCAUUUCUCUAGCGUCAAGAUUUUUGCAAAGUUUAUGUAGUCUCGAACGUCAAGUGUGUGACGGAUGGGUGACUUAGCCAAGGACCUAGCUUCAGGGACUGCUGGAGGAGCAGCACAGUUAAUAUGUGGGCACCCAUUUGAUACCAUCAAGGUCCAACUCCAAAGCCAAUCUAUUCCAUCUCCAGGCCAAUCCACCACCACCACCGCCACCAAGUAUUCUGGUUCAAUCCAUGCUGUCAAGAAACUAGUAGCCACAGAUGGCCUCAGAGGUUUGUACAAUGGCAUGGGAGCCCCAUUCGCCACCGUGGCCGCCACCAGCGCCAUCCUCUUCGCUGCCAAGGGACAAAUGGAGGCUCUUUUAAGGUCUGAACCUGGUGUACCCUUGUCCAUCACCCAACAGACCAUUUGUGGUGCUGGUGCCGGCCUUGCCAUUUCCUUCAUUACCUGCCCUUCUGAAUUGAUCAAAUGCAGGCUGCAAGCCCCAAAUGCGGUACUGGCAGUGAAGUAUGAAGGAUCAAGGGAUGUGAUAAAACAUACAAUGAGAUCAGAAUUGGGGAUGAGAGGUCUCUUCAAGGGAUUGAUUCCAACCAUUGCAAGAGAAGUACCAGGCAACGCUGCAAUGUUUGGUGGGUAUGAGGCAGUGAAGCAAUACAUGGCAGGCGGCCGAGACACUUCACAACUUGGACCAGGCUCUUUGAUAUUGGCUGGAGGACUAAGUGGAGCAUUUUCUUGGCUCUUUGUCUACCCUACUGAUGUGGUAAAGAGUGUUAUUCAGAUUGAUGAUUAUAGAAAUCCCAAGUUCUCCGGCUCCAUCGAUGCUUUUCGGAAGAUACGUGCGGCUGAAGGAAUCAGAGGUCUCUACAAGGGGUUUGCACCAGCAAUGGUUCGAAGCAUUCCAUCAAAUGCAGCUUGUUUCUUGGCAUACGAAAUCACCAGGUCUUAUCUGGGAUGAUUUUGGUCGUUUUUUGUAGGCGCUAGUUUGUUUGUUAUUGGGUGAAGGGUUUGGUUGUUGCAAUUUUUUAUUUUUUAUUUUUUUAUUUUAUUUUAUUUUUUCGCUUGCCAAACGAUCCCAUAUAUACUUCUAUAUACAUACCGUUUAAAUGAAUGUUUAUAAGAAUUAUGUAGAGCCAGCAUAAUCAAAUAGAUGGACUAUUUAGA